AUGACCAUAGAUACAUCUAUUCCACCAAAAACAUCCAAACUUCGUCUGAAGAAGAGUUUAACCGAUGGAUCAGAUGUUUACUUUGAUGGUGAUAGUAGAAAAAAUCAAACAUCAUCACCAGCAAUACCGGCUCCAAUAAGAAGUAAAACGAUGCCAAUUAAACCAGCCGAUAAUAACGCACUCACCGAAUUACAGCUUCCGCUUUCAGCACGCAGCAUAGUACAAGCGUACUAUUUCCCACUAAGAAGGGAACGAAUUUAUAGUCGGUUCAGCACCAACGUCAAUCAGUCGACGCUGCACCGCCAAACCCACUUCCCGCAAGCACAGCAUCGAUCAUCACAUGCUUCCGCAGCCAAGAUCGCGAAAGACGCCGAGUGGAGUAGUGGAGGACUAUCGCUUUCUAGACAAGAAAAAGCUGCCAUUGCUGGUGGACAUAGGAGGCGACCAAGAGGACAGCAUAUAGAAAUAGUCGAAUAUCCAAACGUAUAUUUCACUGCUCCCAACGCAAUCAAGAAACCUGCAGGCACAGAGCUGACUGGCUGUAACUUUGGCUUUGAUGAUGAGUGGGGGGACUAUUUGGUGGUUAUAGUUAUGGGAGAUCAUUUGUAUUACAGAUAUGAAAUAACUGGCAAACAUGUCACUGUAAAGAUUAUCAGAAACAAGAAGAGCUUCUAUUGUCAGGCCUUGGUGAAGGUCAAGAUUCUAGAGUCUCUUGCUCUAUGGGAUCCAGACGAUAACCAUAACAUAAUUCACAUAUCACAUGGCUGA